AUUUCCGGUGCCUUGAAAGAAACGGUGAAGUUUUUGCCUUUUCUUUUUCUUCUUUUUUUUAAUUGGUUUUUCUUCGGACAACUCUUACCGUACAUAAACUCUUCAGUUUCAUAAUUUUGAAAUGAAGGCUUGAGAGCAUAGGUUCCAUUUUACAGUUACAGUUGGAUUAUUUCCCGCCAAAAAUGGAGAAACGACGGAGACUGCAGAUCUCGGCGUCUAAAUCAACGGCUGAGAUCGGCGUCAAGCUUAAGAGACUAGUUUCACAGCAGGAGCAAGUGAAGAUCGCUUAUCACCAACUAAAAUUGCAGAUCAAAAUCGGUUUGGCUGAAGCAGAGGAGGUGUUCUCUUCCUUGGCGAUUCCGUUGAUGAAACUGGUCGGUUUGAAAACAGAGGAAAUGGCUGAAGAAGGACGAUUCACCACUAUCAUCGUCGAUGCUGAUUUCUCCCCUGGAUUCUGCAGGAGCCGUCUCAUAACCGAAUCACCAGUGGUAUCACCAACUGCCGCCGGAGGAGAAUGGGACAAUCAGAUUCACAGAGAGGAAGAAAGUUGGGCUACUAAGGCCACGACAGCAGGCAAAGAAUUUUUUGAGAAGCAACAAACGCAGCUUGUCCACCUGCUUAGACAAAUUGAAAACCGAGUCAGUUCUCACGGGGACGACAUUCUUGAGAGCCUUGCCACUUGGCGGGGCUUCCUCCAAAAACUUUUCCAGAAAGCCUCCAAUUUUAUGUCUCUUCAAAGUCAAAACCACGACACCAUUCUGAUCACACGGAAGCUUCUUCAAGUCAUAUAUGAUAAAACAGAUGCAGUCCUUAGCUCGGUAGAGGAUGGUAUACAGAGCCUAAUGCAAGAUUUAACUAAACAAAUGUGUAACCCGAUGGUGGAUUAUGUCAAAGGCCUGAAAGCUGACUUGAAGUUUGGAACAUGUGCGCGCUUGCUGGCCAUUGUGGAUGAGAUGGAAAGAUCUAUGAGAAAUGGUAGGAUUGAGUUAGAGGAAGCAAGAAGGAGGAUCAAAAUAGCGGAGGAGGGAAGGAUCAAGGCAUUGUGCAAGCUAAAGGAGUCGGAAGAAAAGAUGAUGAGAUUGAACGAAUACCUUGAGUUCCUUGCCGGUAUCGAAAAAGAGCAUAUUGAACAUCUUGUUUCACAAAAGAGUCUAUUGAGAGAACAGAUUUUAGAGGCAUAAUGAAACCCAUUAUUCCUUUAAGCUAUUCUGUUUCUUUUUAUUGUAGUCAAUGGAAAAAAUCAGAAGGUACAUUGACGUCAAUACAUUCUGCAUGAAUUACUGGAAGUAAGACAUGUGAACUGCACAGUGAUUGCUUUGGCCGCAAGAGCAUUUGCAUUAAACUUGCAAAUGGGAUGGGGAAUCACUUGAAGGGCAAAUUAUGGGGACUGUUGGACGGUGUUGGGAAACUGCUCUUACUGUUUUACUUCCCUGAAGUUCUUUGGCAGGGAGGAAGCUGAAGCAAACGAUUACAAGCUAGUGUGGGAACUGCAGAGGAAGAAGAGGAAGUUUGAGACACCUGGGAG